UCCCAAUUUUUGUUUGACCAAGAAAUAAACCUAGGCCUAUUGCAAAAUGUCGUGUGUAUACCCAAAAUCACCAAUUGGCUUCUCUUUCAGUGAACUCUAAACAACUUGGUAAAUAGCGUAAGGUCUAUCAUUCUUCUUCAACCAUGGCGGAAGUGAAUUCUGUGACUCAAAGCUCUGAACAGCAAAAUAAAUUGGCCGAAGCUGUCACUAAUCAAAACCCAAUUUCUGAAAGUGAAACUGAAAAAGGACAGCGUCAGAAUAUUCAUGAGGAAUUCAUUCACAAGAAUCGUCUACAAGAGUUGACCCAGCGAUCGUCCCUAGGUCGUCCAGUUUAUCACACUGUCAAUGCAGGCUCUCAGCAUGCACCCCUCUUUAGAUCCAGUGUUUUUGUUGAUGGGUUUUGGUAUACCUCUCCUAGCACAUUUUCACAUCUAAAGGCUGCAGAGCAGGACGCUGCCAAAGUUGCCUUGAUUGGCUUGAAAGAAAAGAUGAAACAUGAGGGAUGCCCUCUUAUUCGUGAGGAUACAGUGUUUUGCAAGUCUAUCCUGAAUGAGUAUGCUGUUAAAAUGAACCUGGAGAAACCUACUUAUCAGACAAUUCAACCUGUGGCAGUGCUUCCUGUUUUUAAGUCUACCUCGGUCUUCAAUGGUAUUCAUUAUACGGGAGAAACCGGGAAAAACAAGAAAGAAGCUGAACAGCUGGCAGCUCGAGCAGCAGUUAUUUCCAUCUUAGAAACUGGUGCUGGAACUGUGAUGUUUGAGAUCAUCAAGUCUAAACGCAAGCUUUAUGCUGCACUAGAUAAAGUUCAGGAUACAGGUGAUUUUAAUGCUGGCUUCAUGCCAAUGGAAUUUGGUCGUCCGCUUCGUGUGGAUAAAAGAAAAGAAGUUGAAAUUAUUGAAGGUGCUGGGGAAAAGGCUAAUAGUGGACUUUUAGCAUAUAGUUUGGGACAACCUAGUGAUGUUCAGGCACCAGAUCAGCUUCAUGUAUUUAAAAGACCAAAAUCAGGAUCUUCAUCAGCGGAAGUGGCCCCUCCCAUAGUAUUUGUGCCCCCUGUCCUGGAUCCAUCUUUGCUUUGCUCAACUUCCAGAAAGAAACGUCGAAACAAGAAAAAAGCAAAGAAAAAUGUGCAAGUUGACCCUCAGGUGCCUGCUGCUACGUUACCAUUGGCUCAAGUUCCCCCUUGCUCGGUGGCACAGUGAGUUUCUUAGGCGAUUAUUAUUGGCAGAGAUAACGGAACUUAAUGAACCUUGUCUAAUUCUGUUGAAACCAUGAAACGCCAAUUAUGUUCACUGGGAUUAGUUCACCCGUUGGAAUAUGUUGCAGGUUUCAAGUUCUGUUGCAUUUGCAGGAAUAGAGUCCUAUAUCUGUUACCUCAACAAGGCAUAAAUGUAUGUUAAUCUUCUGUAAGUUGUUGCUCCUUGUAGUAACUUGGUACAGACAGUGUCCGCCUUGUCAAAGACAUGCAACUUUUGCUGUAGUUGUGGAUAGUUUCUUUAUGGUUUGAUAAAAUACUUGCGUCUUUCCA